AUGACCAUCCACGCUCGAGGGGUCGUAUCAGUUGUGGAAGUCAUCGUCUACAUACCAGCCCUGGUCGCCGCAUUCAUUGUCUGCUCCCGUCAUAGCUUCAACAGAGCCUCUGGUUGGGUCUUUACCAUCGUCCUGUGUGUCGUUCGCGUGGUUGGCGGAAUUUGUCAGCUUUUGACCUACAGCAACCAUUCUUCGGGUCUUAUUCAAGCGACAAUUAUUAUCGACUCUAUUGGCAUCUCUCCUUUGCUCCUCGCCACAUUGGGAAUGCUCUCCCGAUUUGUCGACUGGAUCAGCGCUCGUGGACAUCCUACCUUCACUGUCAAGCAGUUUCGCCUCGUUCAACUACUCAUCACGAUCGGCCUCAUUCUUAGCAUUGCAGGAGGUACCAGUGGAUCUGUCUCGCCUGAUGGCUCCGUCAAGAUCUCCAGCAUCAGCAAGGUCGGCAUUAUUCUAUACAUCAUUGCAUUCGCAGCCAUGGCAUUUGCUCUUGUCGUUUCCUCCGGGUCCAGGAGCUCAGUUCCUCUUCAAGAACGCCGAGUUCCCGUCGUCGUGGCCAUUGCAUUUCCGCUCAUCCUCGUGCGACUUGUGUACUCGGCGAUUUGCCUCUUCCUUCCCAGUCAUCUCUUCUCAAUCAUCGACGGUAGCGUCCCGGUAUUUGUAUGCAUGGCUGUUCUCGAAGAGUUCGCCGUCGUGGCGAUGUAUCUCGGGUUGGGCUUCAACCUGAAGAAGCUUGACCCUAGUGAGCAGGGAGAAUUAUCUACUCGUCCUUGGAAGGCAAAGAAGAAUCGCAAGCAUGGCCGAUCUCAGAGACCAGAUGGGCAACGGGAGGGACAACACGGAGAGCAAUGGGAAGGCCAGGGCCAAUACUACCCCCCGGCUCACGUCAAUGGAGCGUAG